AAUUAUUUCGGAAUAGGUGUCCCAUUGACUGUUUCCUCACGUAAACUAUGAUCAUCAAAAAUUUGGCAAAGUUUGCAUAAACAAACAAUAGUUCGAAGUCUUUCUAACCAGGUCGAAAAAUGUGGCUCAAAACCAAAAUCAUGUCAGUCUUAUUUUUACAACGUACCUAGUGUUGUAUCGAGUUUUAUUACAACAAAAACGAAAUGAUUUUAAUAAAAAGUGUUUUAUAGUGGAGUAAAACUUGUAUUGUUAAUUUUUUUGCGCUAUCUUGAUUCAUUAUCAAACAAUUUAUUAAACAGUCAUCACUAUAAAACAAUCGUUUAUAAUAAUUUUCAAAAUGUGCAACAGGUUUGAUAAUGAUAAAUACAGAUAUAUUCUAAUCAUUUAAAUGUAGUUAUUAGUUAUGUGUGUAAAUUAAAGUUAUCUAUAUCGUUAUUUUGAAAGAAAUGUUUAAAAUGGUCGAUGACGUUGGUUCAAAAAUAAGUAAAGACGGCAAUUCCGUUUAUAAUAACUUGGACAGCGGUCAUUAAUAGCAGCCGUUUGUUGUACUGCAAAAAUAAUUUUGUGUUAAUUAGUGCGUGGCAUAAUUUGGCUUUCUUGCAAUGCCGGAUUACGAUAAGUUUUUAAGUGGCGAACCUUCGGGUAGAAGGCGAAAAUACAGAGUGUAUGCGCGUAGAUUUAGCGACGAUCUUACAAAACGCUGGACCACAUUACUGGCUGUUUUGCCGAUAGAUCCUGAAGUCAUUGAUGACAGCGAAAGUCCAGUGGUUUCUCCUUUGGCAGGACCAGGCCCCGGUGGACACAAGCCUUCGUUCCGAAGCACAAAACUUGCUCGCAGGGCUCGAUCUUUUAAGGACGACUUUUUGGAAAAACUAUCCCAAAUGCGCAGUCCAACGAAUCAAGGCCUGCGAUGCAGCAGUCCCAAGAGUCGCACCUCCAAACCCAAUGUCAUCGAUACUAUGUCAAUCAAAAAGGGCCCCAUACACGAAUUGGACCAGUUGGAAAAACAGAUCCAAUUUGCUCUAACCCAUUUCCGCGAUGUAGUGUCAAAAAAUACGUUGGAGAUGUUACCGGGAAACGGUACCAUCGUAUUGGACACUGUUUGGGCCAUAAAUUUGGGCGUGAAAUCGUGCACUUCUGAAAGCAGUUCCACCGUUCUUUCAGCUACGCGUAAGAUGUACCAGAGCGUAGCGCAACUCAUAAAACUUUGCGAUGACGUCCUCAUCGAUGGAGACCAGAGUGCGGCCUUGGAUGAGAAAAAUGUCUGCGAUGUCCUAGCACAAGUCGAAAAUUCGGUCAAGAAUUUGAUAGCGCUGGUGCAAGAAAAAAUGGCAUUACAACAGAGCAUAUCAUAUAAAUCCCACGGGAACGCCAGCCUCGAUAUGCCAGCACAACGAAAUUCCCUACCGGACAUUCCUUUAACUCCUCGAGACAGGCAAAUUCUCGAGCAGACUUCCUGUGUAAGCGGAAAGGUACGAGGCAGUCACAGUUCCGAAUCUGUCCUACGGGAUUCGAGUCCACCACCUAAACCGCCCAUUCCAGAUGGAAUAUUUUUUAGCAUAAGUCGGACGGAAGUCGACGAUGCUGACACGCCCCCUCCGCUUCCGCCAAAGAAAAAAGUGAACAGAAGUUACCAGCCAGUUGACGAAUGCUUUAGUAGUAAUAAUUCCUUAUUUAAUUCUAGUCUAGAAAGAAUGUCGUUGAGGUCGAAGUCGCCGGAAGACUCGAGCUCACCGUUAUCCGCAAGUAUCGGCAGCUUGGAUUCAAAUCGUUCCAAAGAAGAAAGAGAAAUUAAAGCCAUCAUGGACAAUACGGAUAGUGACACGACCAUGAUGGACAGCGAUUUAUCCAACAUUACUGGAUUGGACGAUUCGUUUUUGAAGCAAAACUCCUCUUUUUUUAACCAAUCCAACGAACUCCACGUGAACAAUUUCUUCGCAAAUCGAUUGUCGAACACGGAUUCAGGCUUUGUGUCGGUGGACUCGCACCGUAGUUCGAGAUAUUCGAAAAGGAGCUCGCAGCAAAGCAGCGUGAGCAGCCAUUGGAACUCUUCGUCGGCGUUCCAAGCCAAAUCUGCCACGAUAUUAUCCACGGCUGAGAUAAAGACUGAGAGCAGUAAGCAAACUUCUUACACUCAGAGGACAGUUAAUACGGUGUCCGUAGCUGGCACUAAAACGACCUUGACGGUUGAAAAUGCGGCCGACAUACCCCCCGCCAUUCCAGAGAAACAGUGGUUCGAUAUUCGAGUGUGA